AGGCCGGAGCCUGGCAUGUUUCAGGGAGAGCAGCUGGGGUGAACAAGAGGCUGGACAAGGGCGAGGGUUGACGCUGGCACUUGGAAUGUCGGGUCCUGCGGGCCCGAGUUAACCCUGAGGCAGUCAGCCUGCCCCUGGUGACUGUGCGCUGUGUGGUCCUUGCCUGAGUGAUGCCCCAGCUGAUGGGGAGGCAGGGUGGAUACCAGCCAGCCCACUGGAUGGUCAUCACGGCCACUGCCGAUAAGGGUGUGCUGUGUGCCAGGCUGUGUCCACUCUGUCUUUCCAUUCUACAGUUCCAGCAACUGAGGCCUAGGGGUCCCCCAGAAAGCCAAGCCAGGAUGGGAAGUGGGGACUCCUGACUACCUGUUUUCCUGCUUCCUGGGCUCAGGGCCUUAAGGAAGGGAUGGACUGAAGCUGGCGAAGGGCAGGCAGGAGUGGAGGGUGGGGCAUCUGGGGGCCAUGCCCCUCACCCCUUCCCUGAUAAAGGGUCAGAGAUGGUAGAGAGGGUGACCAGGGCCUGCCUGGCCCAGCCCCUGUACCUCUUUGACUUCAUUAGGCUGUGACCCUACUCAUCUGCUAGAAGCCCUCCGUGGCGGUCCCCAUCGUAGGUUCACGUAGCACUCAGAUUUGGGGUGGUUAUGGCCCAAGGCUUGAUUUAUCCAAGCCAGUGCUUUUUUUUUUUUUUUUUUUUUUUUUUAAAUUUAUUUCGAGAGAGACAGAGCAGGAGCAGGGGAGGGGCAGAGAGAGAGGAAAAGAGAGAGAAUCCCGAGCAGGCUUUGUGCUGUCAGCACAGAGUCCAACGUGGGGCUUGAACUCAUGAAACGUGAGCUCAUGACCUGAGCGAGACAAAGAGUUGGACCCUGAAUCGAGUGAGCCACCCAGGUGCCCUUGGGCCAGUGGUUGUUUGAAUUCACUCACGGUGGUCCCUCCCCUUCCUUGAAUUCAGUAGGCGUGUGCUGAGUUAACCAGUGACAGUGAAGGAACACACUCAGUUCUCAGAGUCCUUGGGGCUCAGGUUUGUGGCCAAAUAGACCAGAGGCCAACCAGGUGGACCAGUUGGCCCUUUCUCUCCCUGGGGUCCCACCAAGAAGCCUGGGGCCCCACCAAGAAGCCUGGGGCUUUCCGAAAGGAGUUUCCUCACCCCUUGCUGACCCUUCACACUGUCUUCAGCAUCUUGGCAGUAUCCCCCACUGCAUGCCCUCAGCUUUGCCGUCUUCUGUCCCCCAGCCCUGGCUGAGACCUGUCUCCUUUUACUGCAGCUUCAUGGCGGCCGAGGAGAUGCACUGGCCGGCCCCCAUGAAGGCCAUUGGUGCCCAGAACUUGCUAACCAUGCCCGGGGGCGUGGCCAAGGCUGGCUACCUGCACAAGAAGGGUGGCACCCAGCUGCAGUUGCUGAGAUGGCCCCUGCGCUUUGUCAUCAUCCAUAAGCGAUGCGUCUACUACUUCAAGAGCAGCACGUCCGCCUCCCCGCAGGGUGCCUUCUCGCUGAACGGCUAUAACCGGGUGAUGCGGGCGGCUGAGGAGACGACGUCCAACAAUGUCUUCCCCUUCAAGAUUGUCCACAUCAGCAAGAAGCACCGCACCUGGUUCUUCUCUGCCUCCUCUGAGGAUGAGCGCAAGGGCUGGAUGGCCUUGCUGCGCAGGGAGAUCGGCCACUUCCACGAGAAGAAGGACUUGCCCACAGACGCCAGGUGGGCCUGGGCAUGGGAGGCACGGGCAGGGUGUCACCAGGGCCACUGGGUUGACAUGUGUGCCUACCUCCCAGCUUCCGGGGGCCUGACCCAGAAUCGCCUUCUUAAUGAGUUUUCUGAGGGUGCCAGCCAGGCUGUGUGUGUGUGUGUGUGUACGUGUAUGUGUGCGUGUGUGUGUGUGUCCCGGAGUGUAUAAGUGCGUGUGUGCACACCCAUUG